AUGUUCUCGGGGAACCGCAGCGGCGGCCAGGGCUUCUGGGAGGGCGGCGCGUCUGCGGGCGCCGAGGGACCGGAGCCGGCGGGGCGGCUGAGCCCCGCACCGCUCUUCAGCCCGAGCACCUACGAGCGCCUGGCGCUGCUGCUCGGCUCCAUCGGGCUGCUGGGCGUGGGCAACAACCUGCUGGUGCUCGUCCUCUACUACAAGUUCCAGCAGCUCCGCACCCCCACCCACCUCUUCCUGGUCAACAUCAGCCUCAGCGACCUGCUGGUGUCCCUCUUCGGGGUCAACUUUACCUUCGUGUCCUGCCUGCGGAACGGCUGGGUCUGGGGCAGCGUGGGCUGCGUGUGGGACGGGUUUAGCAGCAGCCUGUUCGGGAUUGUUUCCAUGACCACCCUGACGGUGCUGGCCUAUGAACGUUAUAUCCGCGUGGUCCACGCCAGAGUGAUCAAUUUCUCCUGGGCCUGGAGGGCCAUUACCUACAUCUGGCUGUAUUCGCUGGCGUGGUCAGGAGCCCCUCUCCUGGGCUGGAACAGGUACAUCCUGGAUGUACACGGACUAGGCUGCACUGUGGACUGGAAAUCGAAGGACGCCAACGAUUCCUCCUUUGUGCUUUUCUUAUUUCUUGGCCGACUGGUGGUGCCCGUGGGCAUCAUGGCUCAUUGCUAUGGCCACAUUCUGUAUUCCAUUCGAAUGCUUCGUUGUGUUGAAGAUCUUCAGACAAUUCAAGUGAUCAAGAUUUUACGAUACGAAAAGAAAGUGGCCAAAAUGUGCUUUGUUAUGAUAUUCAGCUUUCUGAGUUUUUGGAUGCCCUAUAUUGUGAUCUGUUUCCUGGUGGUUCAUGGACACCUGGUCACUCCUACCAUGUCUGUUGUCUCCUAUCUUUUUGCUAAAUCAAGCACUGUAUAUAACCCACUCAUUUAUAUCUUCAUGAUCAGAAAGUUUCGAAGAUCCCUUUUGCAACUGCUGUGUUUCCGACUGCUGAGGUGUCAGAGGCCAGCCACAGACCUACCCACAGCGGGGAGCGAGCUGCAGAUCAGACCCAUUGUCAUGUCUCAGAAAGACGGUGACAGGCCAAAGAAAAGAGUGACUUUUAACUCUUCUUCCAUCAUUUUUAUCAUCACCAGCGAUGAAUCACUAUCAGUUGAUGACAGUGACAAACCUAAGGCUGAUGUGAUCCAAGUACGACCUUUAUGAGAAUAGAUGUGAACGGUAAGGCAAGAUGGGAACGUCAAUGGAACCCUACUUUGAGACUCCUAUUGUGAGGACUGUUUUGGGAUCCCCAUUCUCUGUAAUAUCAACCAAACUUUUGUGGCCUGGAAGAAAAUUUGAAUUGCUCAUAUGCUCUCUGGCCUCUGGGGGCAAUCAAACUGGACCAUUUCUUUUCAUUCAAUGGGUCCUUUACAUAGUGAGAAACCAUGUGGGUACACGAUAGGCA